UGGGAACUGCCGAGAUCUCGGGCUUCCCUGGCGGACCAGAACCCGGCCGCUUCCCUCCUACCGUCGAGGCCACGCCUCGCCCGGCCGGGACCCGAUUUCUUGACUGACUGACCGGGCCCUGACUGACGGACGGGGGCUGUGUGACUGACACGGGCCGGAAGGACAGACUUCCACGCAUGGCGCGUGGCGGGCGCAGGGUGGACCUGCCCCACGUAGAGUGCAAGGACCCGGAGCCACAGCCGCUGGGGGACAGCAAGGAGCGGCAGCAGGACGAGGAGAGCCGCGAAGAGGAAGCCGGUCGGGGGCCAGCCAGAAGUCAGGUUUCUAGCCCCUCUAUCGCCACCUCCAGUGCCAACCGCCAGCUGAUGAUGCUAGAAGGGAAGUCAGGACCCUACUUUUCCUCUCUGGACUCGAGCAUCGACAUCCUGAAGAAGAGGGCCCAGGACCUGAUUGAAAACAUCAACGAGAGCAGGCAGAAGGACCAUGCACUCAUGACCAACUUCAGGGACAGCCUCAAGAUCAAGGUUUCAGACCUGACAGAGAAGCUAGAAGAGCGGAUGUAUCAGAUUUACAAUCACCACAACAAGAUCAUUCAGGAAAAGCUCCAAGAGUUCACCCAGAAAAUGGCAAAGAUCAGCCAUUUGGAGACAGAGCUCAAACAAGUGUGCCACACCGUGGAGACAGUGUACAAAGAUCUGUGCAUCCAGCCUGAGGCUAUUACUGCGGAAGAAGAACAAACCCACAGAGAUGGUGAGAGCUGACAGCUUCUGGGAGAGUCCCCUCUUAGGCUCAGAGGCCACCAUUCAGGCCAUGCUGAGAAAAUUGUUUUUCACAGUUCUGUAAGGCAUCUUGGCAAAAAAAAUGAAAUAAAAUAAAAUAAUCCAAAAGUC